UGGACGGCCGUUAUUGUUUUACUAGAAGAAUCUAGGAUGUCGGAAUACGCACCUACCCAGAAAGGUGCUCUAAAAUUGAAAGGAGUCCAGUUGCCAAGCAAAAAGAAAAAGAAGAAGGACAAGGAAAGGAAGAAUUUAGAGCAGCAAAUGCUUGCCAGUCAAACUGAAGAAGAGGGGAUUGAGAAUGGUCAUGUUGAUAAAAGGACACCAGCUCAGAUGGCGUUUGACAAAGUACAGGAGAAAAGGCAAAUGGAGCGGAUUUUAAAGAAGGCCUCCAAGACACACAAGAGAAGAGUUGAGGAUUUUAACAGACACCUGGACGCAUUGACAGAGCAUUAUGACAUACCCAAAGUCAGCUGGACUAAAUAAAUUAACUUCUUCGGCUCCACUUUCAUCUGGUUGCUGGCAGAGUAAUAUUAUCUGUUAUGAUGUUACGUUAAAUCGCAUUCAACCUGUUAUGAUAUUACUGUAUAUACUUUUUUGUUGAACUUGAAACAUUUUGUCUGUUGCCAGAGUCGAGAGGUAUUUGUAGAUUUGGGUCAUUCUACAGCAUUUCUUUUAGUAAUUGAUUUCUUGACACUUCAGAUAAUACAAGACUGCCUCUUCAAAGGUAUUAAGUGUGGUUUUCUUUCACAGUUUUAUGAUUGCUGAUUUGCAUCCCAACAAUGGCGUUAUAGUUGUUUGUCUUUGUACCAAUAAAUUUAGCUACUGUCAUCUAAAAGGGUCUGUUGUAAAGCCAUACAAUGUGUAGUCCUUCUUUUAAGGGUCUUGAUAAGAGAUGCAUUUUAUCCAAGGGUAUCAAUGUUGCAGUUUAGCUCAGUAACAGCAGGUGGCGCCAUUGUUCUUUGUUUUUGCCUUUACCUGCUUUCAUGCUGAAGUUGGGUUUAAAAAGUGGCAGAAGGGCCUACUUUUAUGAAGACUUAAUAAAUGAAACUAUUUGUU